AUGACACACAAAAUGGCGGUGAUAGUGGCCCUCAAUAACUGUCAGGUCCACUUCUACAAGGAGAAGUACCUCGUCAACGUCAUCAAGACGGACGACGUCGUCACCGGGCUCAAGUUCGGACAGUUUGGCCGGGAGGAGGGAACUCCCAUAAUGACCCUGAAAGGUGGAGGAUUGAUGAUUAAGAUUCUGAAGAGGAAUGCCACGUUUGAGGAGAAGGAUUUGUCUGGAGGUCCCCCCACCGCUCAGAACUCUCGCCUCAACGUCCCAAAGAAAACCAAGCUGUUUGUGGACCAUACCAUGAGGGAGAGAGACAGUGCUGUCACCAUGCACAGGACGUUCCAGAGGGACUUGUAUCUACUGAGGUUGAACACACUAAGGGAGUAUGCCAAGUCUCUAGAUAACAGCAUGAAUCCCAUCUCAUCUGAUCCCACCGAACCUCUCAAACUCAAUGCUCAGGUCCAAGGAAUCGGUUCUACCUUCAAACUAAUAGUCAAUCUACAGAACACGUCCCACAGUCAGCCCUCCACCAGUUUACUGAUUACGUUCUUAUACGACGAGAAACUGUACUCCUUCAAAAAAUCCUUCAUUGAGGUCUGUGCCUAUGCUGGUCCCGACCUGAACUAUGCCUUUGAGACGUUUGUUGAAUGUUUGAGUGACAAAGGGGUCUCAGAAAAUAUCAAG